GGUCAAAAAAAGGAGAAGCAGCUAUUUACUUGUCUCUCACCAAUAUGAGAGGGGAUCAGAGGUUAGAGAAGGAGGACAUGGUUAAGAAUUAAAAGUCAACACCACUGGGAUAAAGUUAAUAUUGGACUGCAUCAGCCAAGCAACGAAGAAACCUACGGCAACCUCAAGUGUUGCUUUUGUCAACACACCCGUGGCAGUACUGAAAAUAGAAACUUGGUUUAGGGAAAACAAAGGACUUUUACAGGUUCAUAGCAUGUGUGUAGCUUGAUAAACCGUGAUUACGAUGAAGCCUUUAUCUUUCAAGAUCAUCGAUGACUUCUUUCUGCUGUGUGUCUUCCUGAGUCUGCUUUGGGGCGUCACUGGGACGACCACAGCAGCAUCAGACAAAAUGAUGACAGCAACGUCGCCACGCACACCUACAAUCACUCUAUUGACAACCCUUGCAGCAACAAAGACUCCUCCUCCAAAUGUUCAAAAAGUGAAUGUGACGUCACAAAAUGAGACCAGUAUUACUCUCAUGUGGGAAAAGGUUUAUACCAACAUCUCAACAUACUUCCUUCAAUAUGACACCGGAACCAAUCCCAAGGAGAAAUUGAUCAAUGCAACUGUAGAAGGGACAUCAGUAACAUAUCAGGUUACUUCUCUGGAGAGUGCGACAAAAUACAGUUUCACUCUCAUCACUUUGUAUAAUGGAGUCAACAGCUCUGGAUGCAGUUUUGAAGCUGUCACUGCUCCCCCUAAUGCAGAAGGUUUCAGAACAGUUACACAAAAUGAGACCAGUAUAACUCUGCGGUGGGAUAAAGUGGAUUCAAUCCACAACUACGCACUUGGGUUCAAUGAAAAGGAGAUUCAUGUCACUGCAUCAGCUGAUCCUGUGCAAUAUACAAUCCCAGGACUCACAAGUGGAACUAAAUACAACUUCCAGCUCUUCACUGUGUUUGAAGGUGUCAGAAGCACUGGAGUAAACCUCACUGCAGUCACAGCUCCCCGUAGAGCAGGACGUUUCAGAACAGUUACACAAAAUGAGACCAGUAUAACUCUGCAGUGGGAUAAAGUGGAUUCAAUCCUCAACUACGCACUUGGGUUCAAUGGAACGGAGAUUAAUGUCACUGCAUCAGCUGAUCCUGUGCAACAUACAAUCCCAGGACUCACAAGUGGAACUAAAUACAACUUCCAGCUCUUCACUGUGUUUGAAGGUGUCAGAAGCACUGGAGUAGACCUCACUGCAGUCACAGCUCCCCGUAGUGCAGGAGGUUUCAGAACAGUUACACAAAAUGAGACCAGUAUAACUCUGCGGUGGGAUAAAGUGGACGCAAUCCUCAACUACACACUUGGGUUCAAUGGAAAGGAGAUUCAUGUCACUGCAUCAGCUGAUUCUGAAGUGCAACAUACAAUCCCAGGACUCACAAGUGGAACUAAAUACAACUUCCAGCUCUUCACUGUGUUUGAAGGUGUCAGAAGCACUGAAGUAGACCUCACUGCAGUCACAGCUCCCCGUAGAGCAGGAGGUUUCAGAACAGUUACACAAAAUGAGAACAGUAUAACUCUGCGGUGGGAUAAAGUGGACGCAAUCCUCAACUACACACUUGAGUUCAAUGGAAAGGAGAUUCAUGUCACUGCAUCAGCUGAUCCUGAAGUGCAGUAUACAAUCCCAGGACUCACAAGUGGAACUAAAUACAACUUCCAGCUCUUCACUGUCUUUGAAGGUGUCAGAAGCACUGGAGUAGACCUCACUGCAGUCACAGCUCCCCGUAGAGCAGGAGGUUUCAAAAACGUUACACAAAAUGAGACCAGUAUAACUCUGCAGUGGGAUAAAGUGGAUUCAAUCCUCAACUACGCACUUGGGUUCAAUGGAACGGAGAUUAAUGUCACUGCAUCAGCUGAUCCUAAAGUGCAACAUACAAUCCCAGGACUCACAAGUGGAACUAAAUACAACUUCCAGCUCUUCACUGUUUUUGAAGGUGUCAGAAGCACUGGAGUAGACCUCACUGCAGUCACAGCUCCCCGUAGUGCAGGAGGUUUCAGAACAGUUACACAAAAUGAGACCAGUAUAACUCUGCGGUGGGAUAAAGUGGACGCAAUCCUCAACUACACACUUGAGUUCAAUGGAAAGGAGAUUCAUGUCACUGCAUCAGCUGAUUCUGUGCAAUAUACAAUCCCAGGACUCACAAGUGGAACUAAAUACAACUUCCAGCUCUUCACUGUGUUUGAAGGUGUCAGAAGCACUGGAGUAGACCUCACUGCAGUCACAGCUCCUCGUAACACAGAAGAGUUCAAAUCAGUUGGACAAAAUGAGACCAGUAUAACUCUGCAGUGGAACAACUUGAAUAAGAUCUUUGAGUAUACGCUAGUGCUUAAUGAAACAGAGAUAUUAAUCGCUGCAUCAGAGCAACCUCAAUUGACACACACAAUCUCACAACUCACAAGUGGGACUAAAUAUGAAUUGCGUCUCUUCACCGUAUUUGAAAAUGUCAAUAGCACUGGAGUCAACUACACUGCAGUCACAGCUCCCCGUAACACAGAACAGUUCAAAUCAGUUGGACAAAAUGAGACCAGUAUAACUCUGCAGUGGCAGAAAGUGGAUGCAAUCCUCAAUUAUACACUUGUAUUUAAUGAGAGCAUGAUAAAUGUCUCUGCAUCUGAGGGACUUGACAAAGUGAAAUAUGCAAUCUCAGACCUCGCAAGUGGGACUAAAUACAAUUUCAAUCUCGUCACUGUAUUUGAAAAUGUCAAAAGCACUGGAGUCAAUUACACUUCUCACACUGUUCCCUCACCCGUGGGUAAUGUCGAAGUGUCUGAACGCUCUGUGACAAACAUAACCCUGAUGUGGCAGAGAAUGAAAAUUGACUGGGAAUACUUGCUUGAAAUUAACGGGGAAAAAAUCCUUCAAAAUGGUUCCAUGGAUAAUGUGUCCCUUCCAAUCAAAUCUCUCCAGCCUGGAACAGAGUAUCAAUUCACAGUCAUUACUAUGUUCUCUGGACUUAGCAGCAUUGCUUAUAAAGGCUUCACAGUAACAGCCAUAGACUGUGCAAAGGAAACCUGGCAUGUAACUAACUCAUCGAUCCAAGGACUGGUUAAAGGCUUGUUCUCAAGUGCAUUAGCCAGUAACAAAUCAACCAACAUAAAUGGCAGUACUGGAGGUAGCAAAGUGUCAUUUUCUGGACUUUACCCUGGCGCGACUUAUGAGGUGACCCUUGCCUAUGAGAAAAAUAACACGCAAUUUGAGCAAUGUAAACAGACUGUGACAAUCAUUCCUCCUAAUUUAAUAGCUCGCUGUGAGUACGUGGCAGCAGGCUAUUCUUUGUCUAUCAUCUGGAAUAAACCAGAUGGUGUCUGGACUUCAGUGAAUGUGAACGUGACCGGGAAGUCUCCCGAAAUUCUUGAAAAUGGGGAACGGUCGCUGGAAAUUUCUGGAUUCCUACCUGCCAGAAAAUAUGAGGUGUCAAUAGCUUCAGUGUCUGGGGAUGUAAGAAGUUCUGAUCCAUUAGUUUUUACGUGUCUUACUGAUCCAAGGGGAGUAAUUGCUGGGUCAUUCUUUGGGAUUAUGAUUUUUGCUGUCUUGGUCUGUCUGGUUGUCUUCAUUUUUCUAAAAAGACCGGAUAUUAUCAGCCGGAAAAAACAGUUUAUUAGUGGUUCCAGACAACCCAAUAAAAAGACUAAAGCUAUUCCUGUUGCAAAGUUUCCAGACCAUUUCUACAAAUUGGGCGCGGAUGAGAACAGAGGUUUCAGCCAGGAGUAUGAGAGCCUCCUGCCUGUUGGCACCGACCAAACACAAAAUGCAGCCACUCUACCCGAGAACAAACCGAGGAAUCGUUUCAAUAAUGUUCAGCCAUAUGACUGGUGUAGGGUGAAACUAGCUACUCCCAAUUCCAAUGGAAACUCUGACUACAUCAACGCCAGUUACAUGCCGGGUUACAGCAGCAGCAAAGAGUACAUUGCCGCUCAGGGUCCUCUGCCCACAACAGUCAAUGAUUUCUGGAGGAUGAUCUGGGAACAACGAGUGAGGGGCAUCGUUAUGGUAACCAAUUGCACUGAAGGAGGAAGGACUAAGUGUGAACGGUACUGGCCUGCAGACAGUAAGCCUGUGUCUCACGGAGGGCUGAUAGUAACCCUUAGGACUGAGCAGCAGGAGCCCAACUGGACAUUGAGGGAAUUUAGGGUGAAAAAUACAAACAACUCAGAGGAGCGUACAGUGAAACAUUUUCACUUCACUGCCUGGCCUGACCACGGAGUCCCUCAGGGUGCAGAAGUGCUGAUCCAGUUCAGAGGACUGAUGAGACGGCACAUAGACAGCGAUGGUGCUGGAGCACCAACUGUGGUUCACUGCAGUGCUGGAGUGGGGAGGACAGGCACUAUCAUGGCCUUGGAUGUGCUGCUUCAGCAGCUAGAGAAAGAAAGAGCGGUGGGCAUCAAUGCCUUUGUGCACAAGAUGAGACUGAGUCGCCCACACAUGGUGCAAACUGAGUCUCAGUAUGUGUUCUUGCACCAUUGCAUCAUGGACUGCCUGAAGCCACAUGAGAACACAGAAGAGAACAUCUAUGAGAAUGAAGACAUGAUAUACGCCAACGCCACUGCACUGCGAGAGUUUCGUCAACAAAGAACUUAAACUAAACAACUUGACUGUGCUGAUCAUCAGUCUUUUAUGCAAUAACUAAAUCUACAUUCUAUAUUUUGCUAAACUGUAAAUAUGUAAGCCUUUAUAUUAAAUUAAAUUCAUAGUAAUCUUGAGCUUUUAUUUAACUUAUACAAUUGUGUUCAUCUCAUCAGCUUAAUGUGUAUUCUUGUUAUUAUCAUUAUUAUUAUCAUGAGGGAACAGUAUGAUGACUGAAGAAUGUUUUCGCAUCGCAUUUAUUUAGAAACUGAAAAGUUGGUGGAAAAGAAUGACUUUCUAUUGUAGAAGAAAUAAAAUGUUUUUUAUUAACAAA